AUAUAGAACUCACAAAAGGAAAGAAAAAACCAAAUCAAAGCUCACAUCUGCCUUCUUCUUCACUUUACCAAAAUCAUCGAAUCCAUUUUUAGGGUUUUUGUUUUCUCUCUAAAUUUUUAUUGUUAUCUUCUUCGCGAUACCUUGGAAUCGCAUCUCUGAGAUAGAUAAAUAAUUCUGAUUCGUAUCUUUAAAUCUUGGGUUCUUCUUCUUCUCGCGAUUCGUUUAAAAGAGCAGCAUCAAUGAAUCAGAAUCUUCAUGUAUUAUCAAUGGAUUCGUUACCAGUUGGAUUAAGAUUCCGUCCAACAGACGAGGAGCUAAUCCGUUACUAUCUCCGUAGGAAAAUCAACGGUCACGAUGACGACGUCAAAGCUAUCCGUGAGAUCGAUAUUUGCAAAUGGGAACCUUGGGAUUUACCUGAUUUUUCUGUGAUCAAAACUAAAGACUCAGAGUGGCUCUACUUCUGUCCAUUGGAUCGGAAGUAUCCGAGUGGAAGUAGACAGAACCGGGCAACAGUUGCAGGGUACUGGAAAGCCACAGGAAAAGACCGGAAGAUAAAAUCCGGUAAGACUAACAUUAUUGGUGUGAAGAGAACUCUAGUUUUCCACGCGGGUAGAGCUCCUAGGGGGACACGAACCAAUUGGAUUAUUCAUGAGUAUCGUGCCACGGAGGAUGAUCUUAGUGGUACCAAUCCUGGCCAGAGUCCGUUUGUUAUAUGCAAAUUGUUCAAGAAAGAAGAACUGGUUUUAGGGGAAGAAGAUUCGAAGUCAGAUGAAGUUGAAGAACCUGCUGUCUCGUCUCCAACUGUCGAAGUGACUAAGUCAGAAGUAUCUGAGGUAAUUAAAACAGAAGACGUGAAGCGUCAUGACAUAGCAGAAUCUUCUCUUGUAAUCUCUGGAGAUUCUCAUAGUGAUGCUUGUGAUGAGGCUACAACCGCAGAGCUUGUAGAUUUUAAAUGGUAUCCGGAAUUGGAGUCCUUAGAUUUCACGCUGUUCUCUCCAUUACACUCUCAAGUCCAAUCUGAGCUUGGAUCCUCUUACAACACAUUCCAGCCUGGCUCGAGUAAUUUUUCAGGGAACAACAACAACAGCUUCCAAAUCCAGACUCAGUAUGGUACAAAUGAAGUAGAUACGUAUAUAUCUGAUUUUCUUGAUUCGAUUCUCAAGAGCCCAGACGAGGAUCCAGAGAAGCACAAGUAUGUUUUGCAAAGUGGUUUUGAUGUUGUAGCACCAGAUCAGAUUGCGCAAGUGUGUCAACAGGGCUCAGCAGUUGACAUGAGCAAUGAUGUUUCAGUGACGGGUAUCCAGAUUAAGAGUCGCCAGGCACAACCCUCAGGUUAUACCAAUGACUAUAUAGCGCAGGGAAAUGGUCCAAGAAGGCUGCGUCUGCAAAGUAACUUUAAUGGCAUUAACACGAAGAAUCCUGAGCUUCAAGCUAUAAAGAGAGAGGUGAGAAUAACACCCACCUUCUGAUGAAUUACUCAUCCUUGGUUUCUUUUAGCGUGUAUGUGGUUUCACGUCGCAGAGUGGAAUCGAUCCAUGACAUUAAAAUGUUAAUGCUAUGCAGGCUGAGGACACGGUUGGAGAAAGUAUAAAGAAAAGGUGUGGAAAGCUAAUGAGAUCAAAGAACGUGACCGGUUUUGUGUUUAAAAAGAUUACGUCGGUGAAAUGUUCAUAUGGAGGACUCUUUAGGGCGGCAGUAGUUGCAGUUGUGUUCUUGAUGUCAGUCUGCAGUCUAACCGUCGACUUCAGAGCAUCUGCAGUGUCCUGAAAACUGAAACUUUUUGUAAAUAUAGUGCUUGAACCGGCCCGUGUUUUUGCUUCUGUUAUUGGUUUCAGGCUUUCGCCAGUUUAUAAGAUAUAUUUGUUUGUAGUUUUUACAUGUAGUUAGGCUGCUUAUGUAAACGUUAUGAUGACAGAGAGGUCAAGACUCUAUUUACUUCUUUGACUUAUUAGAGUUCUUCUCA